AUGCCUACUUCACUCUACGCUCUACCUUUUGCCGAAUCCAAGUCCACUGUUGACCAUGACACGGAUGCGGGCGUCAAUGUGUGGGUGAAUGACCUUGAUGACUUUCCACCGCUUUCGCUCAAGCCAGCAUCGGCACCUUGUUCUAAUUCGCCAUCCAGUUCAUCUACUACGACGACUACUUGCAGCAACAAGGACAAGGGAUUACGGAUACAUCGAGAAUGGGAAGUUGUGAAAGGAAUCGAGUUCUCCAGCCACACUGAGGAUGAUUGGGAGGAUAUCGACUACAGCACGACUGUGCCACAAGGAUCCUUUGCUUCCAUGGCUGCCAAAGCAUGUGUGGAUCAUGAUCAAGCUAUUCCCAUGGACAAGUUUCUUGUAUGGCCAAAACGACGACAGCGCCAUGUUGUACAGCAAGAACGAUCAGUGGAUGACGACGUUGACGAUGAUGAUGCAUGUGAUGAUCUUGCCACUUUUAUGUAUGAAGCACAUAAAUCACAAUCACGCAAGGCUUGUCGAAGAAUACCAUAUAUGCAGCAACGACGACGACAGCUAUUUGAUGUGAUCAUACGUCGACAUGUACAAACGUUGUCUCAGGAACAAGCUCAAUACAAGACCCGCCGUGAGAAGGAUGAGCGAGAUAUUGCAGCAAUUGAGAAGAUGCGUCAAAGAGCAAAUGAACAACACCAUGCUCUCACCUUUAAUUCGUUACCUACGCCACAAACCAACAAAAUGGCUCUCUAUCGUUCUUUGCUCAUUUACGAGCUUCGUCAUCGUGGCCUUAUUCCUCCAGAUGUCAAGUCUCCAAUUCGACACAAACCACAAAGGACGACUAGCAACACAAAGAGAAAGAACAAGCAGGAGCUGGAUGAUGAUCAAGUGCUUCAAAAGCUGAUUGAUAAUGGUCAAAUGCCUCAUUAUGACUACGAUCACAUCGACAAUCAACGUAUCCUUGGUAUUUUGGCGAGUGGCAUUCACCUACAGGUCAAUGGGAACAAAAAGAUCAACACCAAAAACUCACGCGAGGUGCUGGAUUACGUGAUAUCACAUUUUGCAGAGCAAGAUUACUGCUUCCGUUACUAUAAUCGUGACACCUAUUACAUCUAUCGGCGGAUCCUCUUGAAUCUUUUCGAAGACGACCGUAAGAAGUUUGUGGAGGCGGAGAAGCAGCUCAAUACGGCUAUGGCAUCUGAUAAUAGCGCACCCUUACGAGCCAUGUUUCGAACACUAUCCAGAGAUUGCUUUACACCCCGCGAUAGAAACAUGAGAAAACAGCUCAUAGCACAUCAUUUUGAUCAGUAUAAGCAAAUGUCCCAAAACUUAUCUCAGCAACAAUAA